GGGAUUUGAAUCGCUGAAGGAACGGCUUCCGGGAGUUUGUAUUGAACACAGCAGCAGAGAUCCACUGAGCGACCAGUGGGGAUCAAGUGGCUCUUUUUCGUUUAUUAUUUUUUUGAUGGUGAAAACGGAUUUUAUUGGAGCUUCAUCAUGAGAAAAAGUGAGAUGCAUGCUGCCGAGUCGGUGGUGUGUCUGAAUAAAGCCCUGACUCACCUCAAGGACAUCUGGGAGGAGAUCGGCAUUCCAGAGGACCAGAGAGUGCAGCGCACUGAGGCGGUCAAAAUGCACAUCAAGAAUCUUCUGGAAAUGAUGAUUGCAGAAGAAGAGGGUCUAAAAAAGAGGUUGAUGAACAGCAUCGAGUCCUGCCGGACAGAACUGGGUAGUUUGUGCGAUGAGCUUCAGCUUCCUCCGUUCGAGGAGGAUGAUGGCCUCAGUAUGCUGCAGCUGGAGAAGGAGAUUCGCACUCGCCUGAAGGUGAUGCUGAAGCAGAAGAACCAGCGUAUGGGUGAGCUGAAGAGUCUGAUCCAGCAGGAUCGCGAGCUGUGCGAUAUCCUGUGCGAUAACCCACACGCCAUCGAUCCUGACCGCGUCCCUUCUGCCCAGCAGCUGCAAGACUACCGUCAGCACAUCUCCAGCCGCAACCAGGAGAAGGAGCACCGUUACGCCAAGUUCGUGUCCAUCAAGCGUCAGAUCAUCGCGUGCAUGGAGGACCUGGAGCAGAUGCCUGAUACCAGCUUUGAGCGGGACGUGGUGUGCGAGGAGGAGGAGGCCUUCUGCCUCUCGAUUGAAAACAUCUCCGCUCUGAACGUCCUUCUGAGCCAGUUGGAGAAGCGUAAAGCGGAGAUCGAGGAGGCGUGCGUGUCGUACCGCGGCCGAAUCACAGAGCUGUGGGAGAGACUGCAGAUCCCCCAGGAAGAGCGAGACGCCACUGUGGAACAUAUGCAGUGCAGCAGAAAGAGGAACAUGGAUGCUCUGCACGCUGAGGUGGAGCGACUGGAGGAGCUGAAAAUUAAGAACAUGCAGAGUGUCAUCGAAUCGAUCCGAGGCGAAAUCGAAAUCCUGUGGGAGAAAUGCUUUUACAGCCUGGACCAGAGACAAGCCUUCACUCCAUAUUCCUCUGAUCUUUUCACUGAGGAGCUCCUGGCUGUGCAUGAGCAGGAGGAGCAGAGGCUGAAGCAGCAUUACGAGCAGCACAGAGAGCUUUACUCUGGAGUGAGCAGCUGGCAGAGUAACUGGCAGCUCUUCCAGGAGCUGGAGAAAAAGGCCACAGACCCAGCUCGCUUUCAUAACCGAGGAGGCAACCUGCUACGUGAGGAGAAACGACGAGCAGAGCUUCAGAAGAGCUUGCCCAAGCUGGAGAAAAGUUUGAAAGUUCAGAUCGAGCAGUGGGAGGCAGAGCACGGCUCCGAGUUCCGGGUCGGGGGGCAGCACUUCAUGCAGUACGUAGAGGAGCAGUGGAACCUUCACCAAAUGGAGAAAGAGAAGGAGAAACUCGAGAGGCAAAUGAAAAAGAGCAAGCAGACGGAGGAGGACAUGCUGUACGGUACCGCACUCAAAACCCCCACCAAAAGAAGACUAGCAGGAACACCUACACCUGGAAAAUCUCGCAAGCUGAAUUCUACCUCCAGUAUCAGCAGCUCUACACCCAACACUACCAUGCGCUCCAUCUGCCAGUCUCCAUCCCUGAGACCACCUCUGUCCUCCAGCAGGAUCGGUUUAGGUUUGCGUGCUCCUGCUCGCACUCCUCGCACUCCCCGCGGCCUGGAGAGGAAUAAGGAGAACCUCUCUCAGCUGAACGGAGCUCUGCGCACCAUGACCUCCAGCCCAUACCGGAGCUGCUCCAUCAACUCCGUCGCCAGCUCCUACUCCGAAUUUGCGAGGGAUUGUGUCAACAUCGAAUCCACAACCAUCUCCAGCGAGAACUCUCACAAGCUUCAAAGUCCAGCUGCAAGGCUGGAGUUCUGAACUCCACGGUCACGCGCUAAGUUCUGCGCUCAUGGAUCCAGGACUCUCACUCCAACCGUUUCUGUAGAUGAAGAGACAUUCGAACGAGAUUUGCUGAAUGUAAAAUGACCUGCAAAAGAGAUGUGGAAGUGUAAAUAUGUUUUUACUUUUGUUUUAAUGGUUUUCUUUCUUUCUUUCUUCUAUUUAGUUUUUUGUUUUUGUUUUCAUCUUGACUUUGAACAAAUCAGUUCUCUGUGGACCUGGUCAUGAUCAAGAGUUUUUAUAAAAACUGCAUUAAACUCCUCUUCUCUUCUUUCUAAACAUUCCUUCGGGCUUGUACAGUAUUUUAUGGUUUCGGAAGCACAUUUGUUGUUUUAGGAUUUAGAUCUGUCUAUUUAAUGCCCCUCCUCACCCCCCCUCCCUCCCAGACUAAAUACCACACACAAACUUGACCUUCAUUCCUCAUAUGUUUCUUUACUUUUGUACACUAAGGACAACCUGCAAAAUAAAUGUCUUCAUUUGGA